AUGAUCUUCACUACCACUCUCGGCCUUGUCUUGGCUCUGGCCCCGACUGCCCUCUUCGCUGCUCCAACACAGACUGUCGACUCGAUAGCAGCACUCGUCCCGAGACAGCAUCUGGCGGGGCUGCCAGCGGCUGUGUACGACGAGUUGAGGAAGACAGACUCACUAUGUGAUCUGUCAAAUGUUGCACUGCCUGCUGCACCCACACCUCUCGCUGCUCCAGCGCAAGGCACCACUCUCCGCCACAUCGCUAUAGGUCGCGGCACCCAAAACUACACUUGUGCUUCAUCUUCGUCUUCCGAUGUGCCCAAAGCUGUGGGCGCUGUAGCCACGCUCUUCAAUGCAACCUGCGAUGCCGCCCGUCUCAACAUCAACACACUCGCCGAGGUAACCACGCUCGCACUUGACUAUGCCAUUCCAAACUCCGCCGAAGCAGAGCAGCGGAUAUCAGGCCACCACCAGUUCACUGCCGCUGGUGUCCCUCUAUUCAUGCUGGAAACCGACAAAGUUAACUACGGCCGCGUCGAGUGCAAGGUCGACAGCAAGAGCGCCGCACCCCAGGCCGCAGCCAAGGGUACCAACGGACUUGGAAGCGUCCCAUGGCUGAAGCUAAACGCCACCGUCACUAGCGAAGGCACUGACCCCUGGGCUUACAACGAGAUCUACAGGAUACAUACCGCUGGAGGCAUGGCACCCAAGGACUGCAGUGGAAUCGAGGGAAGCUUUACCGUUGAGUACAGCGCGCAGUACUGGUUUUAUGCAUAA